GCGAUGUACUCACUGUACGUACACUCUGAAGGCUAUGAGAGUAUGAGUGCUGGCAGUCGUGCCAUAACUGACUGACUGUCUGUUUGUCUCUAUUAUUGUCAUCUUCACGAACCAUCACUGCAUCACUUCCGGACACCAUUAGGCCAUGAAUUCGUGACAUGUGAUGCCAUUGAGACCAUUGAGACACCAGUAAAGAGUGAAUCAGUGAUCAGUACCACCACUAUCACCACUAUCACCACAACCAUCACCACUACAACUCCGAUCGGACAGACAGUGUAUGUGUGUUAGCGAUGGUGUUUGAGUUGUUUGGAUCAGUUCGCCGUCUGGUGAAGUUGGAUGAGGUGUGUAUCGACAACAAUGUCUUCCGUCUCCACUACAAGGCAACCGUCAUCUUCUUAAUCGCCUUCUCAUUGCUCGUCACUUCCAACCAAUACUUCGGGGAUCCCAUCGAUUGUAUCCAGAGGGACGACAUUCCGACCAAUUUAUUGGACACGUAUUGCUGGAUUCACGCGACGUUCACACUUCCGGAUGCACUGAACAAGAAGGUAGGGGUGGAAGUGCCGCACCCGGGCAUCGAUAAGUACACCCCCGGCGAGAAGAGGGUUUACCACAAGUACUACCAGUGGGUGUGUUUCGUACUGUUCCUGCAGUCCGUCAUGUUUUACAUCCCGCGCUACCUGUGGAAGCUGUGGGAAGGGGGGCGCCUCCGGAGUCUGGUGUUGGGUCUGAACAGCCCUAUCAUGCAGGACAAGGAGAAGUCGGAACAGAUCGGACUACUGGUGCACUACCUGAAGGCCAACAUGCGGUACCACAACUCGUACUUCUUCUACUUCGUGGUGUGCGAAGUCCUCAACUUCGUGAACGUCAUAAUCCAGAUGUAUUUGAUCGACGCCUUCCUGGGCGGCGCGUUCAGCACCUAUGGCUUGGAUGUGCUCAAGUACACAGAGAUGGAUCAGGAGGCGCGGGUGGACCCCAUGAUUGCGGUGUUCCCCCGGAUGACCAAAUGUACGUUCCAUCGGUUCGGGUCUUCGGGUGAUGUCCAGAAACACGACGCCCUCUGCAUUCUUCCCCUCAAUAUUGUCAACGAAAAGAUUUAUAUCUUCUUAUGGUUUUGGUUUGUCUUUCUGGCCAUCAUUUCUGGCAUUAUCCUCAUCUACCGCUUUGUCAUCAUAUUCUUCCCGCACUUGCGUUACGUGACUCUGAGAUCACGGGCGCGACUCACGGAUCGCAAUCACCUCAGACUCGUCAUGGAAGUGGCGAAGAUUGGCGACUGGUUUCUCCUUUAUUUGCUGUGCAAGAACAUGGAUGGCCAGCACUAUAGGGAACUAAUGCAGGAAUAUUCCAAAGAGAUCGUUGAAGACGGGUCCGGCAAAAAUCUGCUCAAAUUCAACGAGAAGGAGGGCCUAACGCCCAGCGCCUGAGAACUCCUUAUUUCCUUAUUUACACGUUUCUGUUGGCUUUGAAUGAAUGAAACAAAUAUUUAAUAUUUUCUAUAAUAUUGACUCAAAAACACUUUUAUAACACAAUAUACAGUACAGUAUAGCCGUAUACAUACAUACAGUAUAUACAGUAAGUUUUAUUUAAUUAUACGGUAUAUAUAUAUAUAUAUAUAUUUGUUGUCGCAAUUGGGUUUCAAUUGAAAUAUACUAUAAAUAGUUUGCAUUAAACAUAUAGAGGAAAGGGAUUAAACAUUUUAUAUUAAGAGCUAAUUUGGCGGCAAAAUUGGAACUAAAGUGAAAUUAACUUAAGAAUUGAUAUAUUUUUAUACAAUAUUUGUAAUGCUUUUCUAUAUCUAUAUAUUGAAUUAAUUAAUGGUUGUAAUGAUUGUCAUAAUUAAUAGUGUUGUGUAAUGACUAAAAUCACUCAAUCCAAACACACACUGCCAUAGAAUUAUGCAAAAAUAUUUAUAUUUAUAUUGUAUUUACUUUUAAAAUGUUAACGCAC